UUACAGAGUCCAUUUCAUCACGAGGCCCAAACCUUCCCUUAAAAGAAUCUUUUUCCCGCCACCAUUUUCCUAUAAAUAUAACUAAAACCCCCAAUUUCAAGGGUUUUAUCAAAUUUCCAGUUUCAAAAUGCCAACGCUUUCAUGGAGACACCAUACACUAAUUCAAGCUCUUCUCUCUCGUGGUCCUCACAAAGAAAAGGAUUUUCAUUCUCUAUUCACAAAAAUCACUGGCAAAUCCCCAGAUAAUCAUCGGUCACUAUUUAAUGAGUACCUGAGAAAGAUAAAUGAGGAGCUCGCGUUUGUGCAGUUAGAGCUACGGGCCUGUAGAAACCAGUAUGACGGAAAUGUGCAUUAUGGUAUCGUCAACAAUGUUUCAGAUGAGCAAUCCAAACUUGGAACUAAAUAUUCAGUUCCUCAGAUUGCUUUCUAUAAAGGCAUUAUUGAAGCAAUUGUUCAAGAUGCGGCAGCGCAGGGCUUUAUCUCGACCAUUGAUGCACUGAACAUACGGCUCGAAAAUCAGUUUCUAGCUGGAACAGAAUCCCAAUCUCAGGGAGGUUCAACGCAUAUUCCUGCAGCAUUUAGAAAUUUCUCAAUGUCUCAAAAGGAGAAGACUCUUGAGGAACUUGAGAAGGACCGCUGGAUUUCUCUAAAAGAUGGUAAGAUAGGACUGGGAGUCCGUUCAUUCCUUGAUCUCAGAAGUUGGUUUCGCAAUAAUGAGGUUCCUUCAUGUGAAGUUUGCAACGAAGCUGCCGUGAAGGCUGAGCUUUGCCAAAAUGAAGGCUGUAGUGUUCGUAUCCAUAUGUACUGUCUGAGAAUGAAGUUCUCCAAAAGCAAGGCUGAAAAAGUUUGUCCGGGAUGUGGGACAAGAUGGCAUUAUAACAUUGCAAAAAUAGAAGUUCUGGAUGAAGAAGAGGAUGCGUCUGCUCCUCCUGAGAGUCAGCAGCCUCAUGAACCCUCGACGAGAAAAAGGCCAAGGAACCGUGCAGGUAUUGAUUCUGAUAAUCUUGAGCCUGGAUCAUCUCAAAGUACUAUGGUGACUCGACGCUCUGUCCGUCUGAAGAGCUCUGCUUAACUUAUCUAGUUUUUGCCAGUUUUGGUGCUCGUGUACACCUGAGUAUAUGAAAAGGAUAUAUUUUUGCACUCUAUGAAGGUUUACUUGUGUUUGGUAAACCAAAUUCUAACAUAUGAUUGUGUAGAUUAUAGGAGUAUCCAGUUUAGAAUCUUAAUCUUGGGUACGUUAAAGAUUCAAUGUCGAUUUUGAUGGAGAUCAAAUGGUUGUUCAUGUA